CCCAAUCAAAGGCAUCAAAGCAACCAACGUCCACGAAACCCCGAUAUUGUAUGCUUCAACUGCAAUAAGAAAGGCCAUAUUGCACGAAAUUGCACCCUUCCUAAAAAUAAUCAAGCACAAAAAUAUGAAUAUAACGAGAAUUCUCAACCCAAGAAAGUUAAUUAUUGUGAAGCGACCGAAGAAAUCGACGAUAACGACGUAUGGGUAGAAGAACUAUAUAAUAUGGACCAACCAAUUACUGAAAAAUGA